AUGGGGAAAAAUGUCACAGAAUUUAUUCUCCUGGGCCUCACUCAGGAUCCCAGUGCACAAACCACAUUAUUUGUCAUAUUUUUACUCAUCUACAUUGUGACAGUGCUGGGCAACCUGCUCAUCGUGGUGACUGUCCUUGCCAGCCCCUCCUUGGGCUCCCCAAUGUACUUCUUCCUUGCCUAUCUGUCACUCAUGGAUGCAGUGUAUUCCACUGUCUUCUCACCCAAGUUGCUGAUAGACCUGCACAGUGAUAGGAAGACCAUUUCCUUCCCAGUCUGCAUGAGCCAGCUCUUUAUAGGGCACCUGUUUGGUGGUGCUGAGGUCUUCCUUCUGGUGGCGAUGGCCUAUGACCGCUAUGUGGCCAUCUGUAAGCCUCUGCACUAUCUGACCAUCAUGAACAGCCAAGUUUGUAUCCUUCUUUUGGUAGUGUCCUGGGCUGGAGGAUUUUCACACUCUGUGAUUCAACUUGUGUCUGUGUAUAAUCUUCCCUUCUGUGGCCCCAAUGUCAUAGAUCAUUUCAUCUGUGACAUGUACCCAUUACUGGAGCUUGCCUGCACUGACACCUACCUGAUUGGCUUCACUGUGGUGGCCAAUGGUGGAGCCAUCUGUAUGGUGGUCUUCAUCCUCCUCCUCAUCUCCUAUGGAAUCAUCCUCAACUCCCUUAAGACUCACAGUCAGGAAGGGAGGCGCAAAGCCCUUUCUACCUGCAGCUCCCACAUCACUGUGGUUGUCCUCUUUUUUGUUCCCUUAAUUUUCAUGUAUAUUAGACCUGUCUCCAACUUUCCCCUUGAUAAAUUCGUAACCCUUUUUUAUACAGUGAUUACUCCUAUGUUAAAUCCUUUAAUAUACACUUUGAGAAAUUCAGAGAUCCAAAAUUCUAUGGAAAAACUCUGGAAGAAACUUCUCAGCUAA